UGAAUAGACAGUCGCUCCUGGAGUCACACUGUAAUCCAUCACAUCUAUUUCUCCUGGACAAGUAGAUGUGAGAAGUGUGCACAUAUUGACAGAUGAGAAUAUUUCGUACGAAAACCUUGUGAGACAAGCUGAUUGAUCUUUGUGGGUGGAUAUCAGUUUGUUGGCUGGAGAAACAAGAGUUGCCAUGGAAACUAUUUUGUUCUUCUUCUCUUCACUCCUGGUGUGUGUGGCUGCUGUAGCAGACCCCAGUGCAAAGGAUGGCAAGGAGGAAGUUCAUAACCCAUUUAUUUAUGACUAUGAGAGUCUCAGGAUUGGGGGAUUGGCUUUUGCUGUGGUGCUGUUCACACUGGGCAUUCUUCUCAUCCUCAGUCGGCGGUGCCGCUGCAGUAUCAACCAGAAGCCCAGGGCCCCUGGAGAUGAAGAGGCACAGGAGGAGAACCUGAUUGUCUCCAAGGCUGCAGCAGUUGCCAAAGAGACUCCAGCAGAGAACUGAGGCAACUCCACAGGACCGGACUGCCUUCUGAAAUGAUGAUCAGUUUUAUUUGAUAUUAAGCCGCUAUAACAUUGAAGAAAUUGAUGAUUAUUAUAACUGGUUAUAUGAUAUGGGAAGAGGGGAGGUAUAUGUUUAGAGGUAUAAUAUGUACAUAAACCUUGUCCCCUGAAGACAAACCUUUAGCCUGUUGUGCUCUGUUGUGACCGUGCCAGUCCCUCAGUUCUCUUGUCCGUCCCUGUGCCUUUGUGUGACAGCCUCUCACUCCAGUUCUUUAACUUAGCCAGUAGCACCUUCGACACAAGAUUGUCUUUAAAGCCCUAGAAGAAAUUUUAAUGUUGUGUGGUCCACUGUUCAUUGUUUUGUACUUCUAUUGCCUUUAGGUUUUAGGAUUUGUCAACUGGUGGUUUAUUGGCAUUUUGUCAAUUUUGUCAGCUGUCCUGGAUAAUGUUUGUUACAUUUGGAUUAUAACAUAUGUCCAUGUAUACAGUAUACACAUAAUAUAUAUAUAUAUAAGUAAAGAUAGUUUACAGAUAAGAUAUACAGUAAAAUAUCCUUCAUUUAGGUGUGUGUUUGAAUGGCUGGGUGUUUGCGUGCAAUGUGGACAUGUAUGCGUUCAUAUCCUGUGUAUGUAGGACUCUGUGUACAUCACGAGUGCAUGUGUAUCUCUACAUGUACAUGUGAUGAGCCUUAUAUAAGACAAUCUCAACUGCCACAGCUCUCUGUCUGAGCACAGGAAUUCUUUGCAGGUACCUGCAGGAGCUCCUCCACUGUGGUGUUUUAUCAUCUAUAGUUGAGGGAGCUCCAGCAUCAGCUGUCUCACUGCCGUCAUCUCCACACAUCCACUCCACUACUCCGUCACCGGCUCCACCAGGAUUAACUAGUCUCCGACAGACUAUGAUUUUUUUUCUUCUUUUGUGUUUGCUUAUUAAAUUGCCUAGUGAGUCUCUCCAGUGUCAUGAUGUUUUGAAUGAUCAUGCAUGUAGUACAUUUCCGAAAAUGAGAGACAAAGUUUGGGUGCUGAGUUUGAGAGAAGUCAAAUUCAAAAUUUACAUUAUUUAUGAGACUACAUUAAUAGUAGCCUAAUGUAAACCAAAUCAUAAUGAGAGAACAAAUGAACAGUCCUUGUUGUGACUCUCCUGUCAGGUCAGGCUUUCACCAAUCUUUGGUCUGAGUAUACUUGUUUUCAAGAUGACUGCUGUACAAGUAAAAGCUAUGUUCAUUCAGUGCAUGAGGCCUUGUUGUGUAGCAAACAGUUGUGCUUUUGGCA